CUGUGUUAGUCUGCAGAGGAACAUGAGCUACCAUAACAUACCAGGGUACACAGCUGGGUCUACCUGAAGCAUUACUUCUACCACAGUCAGCAGUCCUGCCUCUAGUCUUCUCUCUUCUUGCAACUCACGCCUGCCCAACUCCCCACCCAACUCCUUUAUCUUGUCUGUUUUCUUCCUGGGUUUUGGUUUGGGUUUGUUUGGUUUUUUUUUUUAAUUAUCUGAUUGAGCAAAUAAAUGUUCCCUGUAACACUAGCUUUCUGUUGCAAUACCAAGCUGGAUCACUCGGGGAGAAGUCUGCCUAGCAUCCUGCCAGCAGGAGAGAAAUGUUGGGAGGAUUGGCCAGAAGUAGGAAGAAAAGGGACCUCUCAGCUUGGCUCAAUGGUAUCUUCAUGCAGUACCCUCACUGUUUAAUUGCUAUGAAAUUUCUGUUGGUUUUUGAUUUUGACCAUACAAUCGUAGAUGAAAAUAGUGAUACCUGGAUUGUGAAAUGUGCUCCCGAGAAAAAACUUCCUAAUGGAUUAAGAAACUCCUACCAACCGGGACAUUGGACAGAAUAUAUGGGCAGAGUCUUUGCCUACUUGGGAGACAAUGGCGUCAAAGAAGAUGAGAUGAAACGGACUAUGACAACAAUUCCUUUCACUGCAGGAAUGGUAGAUCUGCUGGGGUUUAUUGGCGAGAACAAAGAUUUGUUUGACUGCAUAAUUGUUUCAGAUUCUAAUACAGUAUUUAUUGACUGGAUUUUGAAAGCUGCUGACUUCCAUAAAGUGUUUGAUGAAGUGUUUACAAACCCUGCGGUGUUCAGCAGUACUGGCUAUCUUACUGUACAGAACUUCCAUGCUCACCAUUGUGCAAAGUGCCCUAAAAACCUUUGCAAAAGGAAAGUUUUAAAAGAAUUUCUAGAUAAGCAGUUGGAGCAAGGAGUAAGUUAUACCCAAACUGUAUAUAUAGGUGAUGGUGGGAAUGACUUAUGUCCAGUGAUGUUUUUGAAGAAGGAUGACAUUGCUAUGCCCAGGCAGGGGUAUACCUUGGAGAAAAAAAUUUCUCAGCUCGCCCAAGAUCUCAGUCCUGUAGAGUGUUCUGUUCUGGUUUGGUCAUCUGCUACUGACAUUAUGUCUUAUCUGAAAUUACUUAUGAAGGAAUAAUUUGAAUGCUAAGAGAAAACUAAAAUAGUUAUAUUUUAUCUUCUUGGGAGAGAAAAACUGCAUGUGUAUAAAAGCACAAAAUUGUAAAAUUGGGCUGUUAUCUGAACUCUUGAUUCUAAACACAAUACAAAACUGUUUAUGUUCAGUCUUGGGAAAGUGAAGUUAAAAUGGCUUUACAACAUAGUACACAUUCCAACAUAAGUGGAGAAGGGGAGUUGCAAGAGAAAUUGCCAUUAUUCUUAGUCUUCCCCCUCCACCCCCCAAGCCUUUACUGACUACAUAACUGACCUUUUCUGUUCCACAUGCUUAGGGGAAGGAGUAGGAUUACUGCAUAAAAGAAUGAAAUUCUUUACUUAGAAAACAUUAGGUGCCAGGAGCAUGGGUCUGGAACUGUUGGCUUUUAUACUACUUUGAUCAGGAUAAAUGUUUAAUUUUGUAAAUUAUUUGGUAUGCUUAUAAUCUUGUUUGAUCUGAAGGUGCAUUUAUAUUUUCAAUAUACUAAAUAUUUUACCAAACCAAAUUACUUUUAAAUAGUUUAUAUUAUCUUGUAUUGUAAAACCAAUAAAAAUUACUGUCCCUGACAAAAGCAACACAUCUAA